AUGACUGCUCAAACGGUUUACAGCAAAGUCGUCGGACUGGCCUUUAUUCCCUUCGGCACGGCCACGAAUCUACCCCAGCAGUACCUUGAUGACCUGAGCUCUGGGAUUGGAGAGCUGCGCCAGCUGCUGUCAUGUGUGGUGUGCUGCCGACUGCUGGUGGAUCCAUUUGGGCCGAACGGGAAGGACUGCCAACACUAUGUGUGUCGACUGUGCGUAGGAGGAAGCAAGCGGCUGGUGCCGCGGUGCAGCCAGUGCGAGGACUGCUUAGAUUUCGAGACAUACAAGGAGAAUCGUCCCAUAGCCACACAGUUGCACUGCUACCAGGCGCUCUGUGUCCAUCUGCUGCUGCAGCAGUCUUCAAUGCUCAGACAGCUGGCUCGACAGUUUCCGGAUUUGAGCCAUGUGGCGCAGUGUCCGCGCAUCAGGCUGCCGCGCAUGACAACAAAGCAGUUCCUCAGGGAAGGGUACGAAUAUGAUCCUAUGCCGCCCACCACGGCGGCCGCGCAGACGCCGGCCGUCCAGACGCCUUCCUUUCAGAGCGAAGAUUUCUACACGGAGCGCAACUCCCAUCUCUCAGAAGCGUUCGAAAUUGGUCAAGUGUUUGGAAUAGAAGCGGCCCCACAGCCUGCUCCGUUGGCCAAAACAACAGCUGAGGUUGAGGUUCUCCAGGAGAAUGUCAGCCAGGAGGAGGCACACUGGGAGAAUGUCAGCGAUGACGAGGAAUACUUCGGGGAUGUCAGCCAGGAGGAGGCAUUCCUGGAGAAUAUGAGCGAGGAAACAUUUAUGGACAGUGUCACUCAGGAAGCAUCGCUGGAGAUUGUCAGCCAGGAUGUAUUGCAGGAGAGUGGCAGCCAGGCCACAUCUCGAGAGAGUAUCGUCGAGGAGUUAUACAAAGAGAUUACCAGCAAGAAGGCAUCGCAGGAGCAGAGUGCCUGGGAUGGGAUGUAUCAAGAGAUCCCCAGAUCCUCCGCAUCGCAAGAUAUUGACCUCCCGGAGGCAUCGCAACAGCUGAAUUCCAGCCAGGAGUAUACACCUUCCACCAAGUACAGGAAGAAAGACACGGAAAUGACUCCUUUUAAUUCAAAGCCCAUCAUCAUCUCAAACGUGCAGCUGAAACCUCCAAGACCCGUCCAAGCGAUAGCAGCUGAAGCUCCGUCACUCGCUCCGGUUCAAGGUCGGGAUCAGGAACCUGUUCCUGUCCCUAAACCUAAUCAGGAAGGUGUCUACAAGGAGAAUUCGCAAGAGACUGCCAGCCAGGUUGUAUUGCAGGAGAGUGGCAGCCAGGCCACAUCUCGAGAGAGUAUCGUCGAGGAGUUAUACAAAGAGAUUACCAGCAAGAAGGCAUCGCAGGAGAAGAGUGCCUGGAAUGGGAUGUAUCAAGAGAUCCCCAGAUCCUCCGCAUCGCAAGAUAUUGACCUCCCGGAGGCAUCGCAACAGCUGAAUUCCAGCCAGGAGUAUGCACCUUCCACCACCAAGUACAGGAAGAAAGACACGAAACUGAAUCCUUUUAGUCAAGUUCGAGAUCAGGAACCUGUUGCUGUCCCUAAACCUACUCUCGCAGCUCCCAAAGCGGAUCUCAAAUGCUACGCAAGCACAGACACUCCCAGUAAUACGACGGGAUCGCCUCGUAGGAAUGCGGGAAACACAAAGAAUGCCGCUGCCAUAUGCCGCUGCGGAAGCUCUGCAAAGGUUGUUAACCAAAAAACGACCUGUCGCAAUAACCGCUGCCGCUGCUACGUUUCUGGCAAUUCUUGUACAAAUUGUCACUGCUUUGGAUGUCAUAAUCCGCAUAAGACGGAUUUCCUCGAUUCCGAUGAUGAAGACGAAUUGGAAAACGUGCCGCCUCCAUCAACCCGCAGUCCCCAGAGCGAGAAGAAGCCAGCGCCAACAGAAGCUGUAGCAACAGAAACAGAAACAAAGCAGACUGCGUUGGGUGGUUCCCAAGGCAAUUUAAAUUUAGUGCUCGUUAACAAUCUGGAACAGUCCCAACAUCCUUUGGUGCUCAUCGAGAAAGAGCUUGGGGAAUAUCAAGGUUACAAUUUGUUCCAAGGCAGCGAACCGAUUGAUCCCGCCACAGUUGGCUUUCUGCGUGUCAAGAUGCAGAAUGUCAACUCCACCAGACAGAUUGCUGAGUAUGCGUAUGUGAUACCACCUCCUCCAGUGGUGCCUUAAGCACCUCCAUCCGCCAUCAAAAGGAAUACAGAUCUCCACCGCCUUUAGCAAUGCUUCUGCUACCGACCGAUUGUCGGCCACAGACUGUUCGAGGAGAUCAUGUCCAGUUCGCAUGAAUCUUUUUAUUUUAUUUUUUUUUUUUUAAUUGUUUGCAAGUUCUUGAACGAUGGUAAAAUCUUGUAAUGCGUUGCUCCAAGUGCGUCUAAAAAGCCUAAAAACU